AGUGUUGUCCUAUCAUUAUGAGGAGUCUCAGGCGUGGUAUCACCUCAGCAACCGCUGGAGGUCUCCGUAAGAUAUCCCCCAAUCUUUUGGGUCAGUACUCCAAUCCCCUGGUUUCAUGGUGUCCAUCUCUUCAACCGACUUCAACGAACUUUGUGAAGAGCCAGGAAGCAAGACCUAAGAGUGGAAACUAUUUAAAACUAAUCGAGGAUCCCGAACUGCCAAAAUUGAUAAAACUUUAUGAACGAGUGUGCCGUGACUGUCAUAAAAUACCCCUUCGUUCUACCAAACUUAAAUGGUCUGAACUAGAUGAUCCGCCAAGGAAAUAUUGGAACAAAAGAUAUUUUCCCAAAUAUAACAUAAGUAUAGGAAAAAUAUCCAAUGGUUCUACCAAGCCAAAACAGUCAGGAUAUUUUCCCAAACAUACCAUAGAUAUCGGGAACGUAUCCAAUGUUUUUACCAAGCCUAAACAGUCGGAGUUAGAGGAUCCGCCAAGGAAAUAUUGGAAAAAAAGCGAUAUCCCCAAUUACGCCCACCAUAUAGAGAACAUACCCGUUGGAUCUAUUAAGCUUAAAAGGACUGAGUUAGAUGAUUCGCCAAGUGAAUCUUGGAAAGAAACUGAUUCUCCUCAGUAUCCCUUAGAUAUUGGCGGUUCUCCUAGCACAAAAAGGUCAACGAUUACAUCAAACAGUAUUAUUUUGGGACCUGAAAAGUCGGAACAUAGUUUUAUUAAUUCUAAAGUAUAUAUAAACCUCGAACUAAUUAGUCCUCCCAAAAUAUCCGAUACUCCCAAGUAUCCCUUAGAUAUUGGUGGUUCUCCUAACACCAAGAUGUCAACGAUUACAUCAAACAGUAUUAUUUUGGUACCAGAAAAAUCGGAACAUGACUCUAUUAAUUCUAAAGAAUCGAUAACCCUCGAUGUAAUUGGUACUCCCAAGAAACCCGUGAGCAAAAGAAGUUCCCACAAAUAUUCUAGUCAUACAAAAAAUGGUUCUCCAGGCAAAUCAAGAACUCCGAUGAAGAGGGAUAAGAAUUCCUUGGAAAGGCCUCAGCUUUCAAAAGCAUUUCUUUACAACCAAACCAAAUCAAAAACUCCGAAGAAAAGCAAAAAUAAUUUUUUACAAAAGUUCCAAGACACAUAUGCAUCUAUAAACGAUCAAGCCGAAUCAAAAACUCCGACUAAGAACAAUAAUACCUACAUAAAAAGGCCGAAGCUUCAAAAAGCAUCCGUAGACGGGCAGACCAACUCAAAAUCUCAAGCUACGAGUAAUAGACGUAGUUCUUUUAGGCACUCCCAGCUGCCGAUAAUACCACUAAAAGAAACGAAGCCGAUAGAUUCCGUGGAGGCUUUCUUAGAAAAUUUUAGGGCUAGUAAGAUGAGAAACUCUUUGAAAAUAGGUGCUCUUAGGAACUCUCUAUUGGUUCCUUCUAAAGUAGAAGCUAACUCUAUACUGAAUCCACCUAAGCUAGAUGCUAAGAGUACAAGUUCUAGCUCACAUUUUCUCAAGAACUAUCUAGUGAAUCCAUAUAACACUCGCUAUUUCAAGAACUCUGUAUUGAAUCCUUAUAAAGUAGAUGCUAGAAGUAUAAAAUCCAGCAUACAUUUUCUCAAGAGCUCUCGAUCGACUCAUUCUAGAAAAGGUGUUGAAAAUAUAUUAUCUAGCUCAGAUUUUAUCAGAAAAUUCCGAUGGAGUCCUUUAAAUAUACGUGAGAAGAAACCCAAAUUAAGCUCACAUCUUAUGAAGAGAUAUGGAUUGAAACCCUUUAAAAUAGGCGCACAUCAUCUGAAGACCUCUCGACUAGGUGAUAAGAACAUGUAUUCCAGGUCUCGUUUUCUGAAACACUUUCGGUUCAAAUCUGCAUCGGACGAUGAAAAAAAUAGGGAUUCCAUUCAAUCAUACCCAGAUGAUAACUCAGAAAAAGUGACUUUUAGGCGUGACAUCGCUCAAUUCAGAGACGUGGCUCAAGCGGACAACCUAUCCUCUUUAUCCUGGCUGCCAAGGACGGAUGUAACCAAUGUCAAUACUGGGCCCAUCGAUCAUGUCCAUUUCGGUCCCAUCUAUAUAGAGUCGCACAAAAAAGAUUUCCUAAGCUUAUAUAACAUCAAACCUGAUGACCAAAGAGGUUGGUCUAAAAUUCCUUGGCCAAAAUUAUGUGAACCUAGGAAAAUACGUGUUGAGAGAAAUGAUCUGCAGAGUGCUUUAAGAAAGGAAAAUAUUUUGACCAAGAUGCAGCUGAAGAAAACAGGUGGUUCUCGCAAAAGGGCAGUUCUUUCCCGGAAUUUCUCUAAAUACCAUCGCUUUAGUUUUGAAGUCUGUCGGAGAAAUCGCAGAAGACCGAGAAAAACUGUAUCCUGUCAAACGGAAGUCAACCGAAAUAGAUGUGAACUAUGUGAUUUCUGUCGACCGAGCAGCCAACCCGACGAACCCUUCAUGAUAGAGAUGAAAAAGAGACAGGACCGCGAGGAGUUAAAGCAGUACUACCUAAAGAUGAUCAAAGGGAACAAGGAGUUCUGUGUAGAGAAGGGGUCUGAUAAGGAAAUGGAUCCUAAUCGUUGUCAGUCCACUUCUUCCAAGUCCCUAGAAGAUAGGAAAAGUUGCAAGUCCAAUCUUGAAAAGAUGCGACACCAAUUGGAGCAAUGUCUGCACAUGCUAGGCCUAUGUGGUCGCCUUAUUGAAGAUCGGUUGCAACUUUCCAGGAUCGAAAAAAGAAGGAGAGAUUACCACGGUGGCUUGGGUGCUGGUCCUGAACCAAAUCAGAGAUAAACAGAUUUGGAGCAGGGCCCACAAGACGCCUGGGAACAUAAUGGAUAAAGUAUAUUAAUGUAAAGCCCCUUAAAAUGGGGGUUCUUAACAUGUAUGUUUUUAUCAUUGGACAAGGAGUUUUCCUAAUGAAACUGAAUAAAUGUAUCAUAGUUGUCAA